AAUAAAUAAAUAAAAUAAAAUAAAAAACACAAGUGCCGACAAGUUAUUUACGAAGCUGACCUAUUGAGUGGGACACUCACACUUUUGUAUAACUCAUCAAAAUAUAAUAAUGAAAUAAUUGAAAAUUAAAAUGACCUAUACAUAUAAUUUUCCCCUUCUAUAUAUUCUUUAAAUCCCUGUUUGGAAUGAUCAUAUUGAAUUCAUGGAGGGUAAUGAUGUAAUUAUAGCUAAUGGAUGGCCGCUUGGUCUUGGAAAUAUGAACUCCAGAAUCAGGGUGGCCGCCGCCGCCGACACCUCCCACACGGCGGCGCCGCCGCUAGCUAACCCCUCUCCGAUCCUUCGAAUUCGUACCUCAAGUUUCUCUUCAUUCUCAUCCUCUAAUAUUGACACCGAGUCAACGGCGUCUUUCUUCCCUGACCGGAGUGUGUCACUAGGGCGGCUGAUCGGAAUCUUGCCGGCGAAUAAAGGAAUCUUGUUGUACGGCGAUGAACACCGCCGGAAAAUGCCAGAUGAUCGGAGGUCUAAUCAUCCAGCUGGCAAAGAAAUUCAUGAAAAUAAUUCUCGUGGGCUUUGUGUUCCAUUGCUACAACAUGUGAUUGGGAAGAUUAGCAGAAGUGGGGGCAGCUCAAGAUUUAAUUAGAUACUAAUUACUAAUUAAUUAUGCAUAUUUUUCAAUAAAAUUCUGAUUAAUUUAGGCAUUAAGU